AUGAUUAUUCGCAAGAAAAAUGGAAAGUUUACUAAAGAAAACACCAAGAAACGGAUGCAGAACCUCGUACAGAUUCGUAAGAUAGGUGAGUGUAACUUGGAAGGAAGACGAGUUGUUGAAUUAAAGAUUUUAAUAGACGACUUAAUAAAAUGCUGCAAGUGCGCGGGACAGUUGUCGCUUACGAACAUAACAUCAGAAACUAAAUACGGUCUUGGGAGUAUUCUUCAUAUAAAAUGCAUGUCAUGUCUGGCUGGAAAACGACACAAGGCUAGUGAUCACAAAACCGGAACUCGAUGCUUUGAUGUAAAUACAAAAUUAGCUGCAGCCAUGAUCAACGCAAGCGUUGGGGAACAACAAAUGAAUAAUAUUCUUGCCUACAUGAACCUCCCCCUUGUUAAUAAGAAGACACUCAAGAACAGGGAGCGUGAAAUCGGCGAGAGCAUUGAGGCAGUUGCCGCCCAGUCAUGUUCACGUGCAGUGGAAGAAGAAAUUCGAAAUUCCGAGGAAACAGAUGAUCAGUGGGUAGAGGUUUCGGCGGAUGGCGGCUGGCAGAAACGAGGAACUGGUCACAGUAACAACAGCUUGUCCGGUAAAUAA